AUGUCUGACAAGAAGAGCGACGACUACUAUCCAGGCCGCGACAAUGGCGAGAAGGAGCGCUUCAUUCCCGCCGCACCCGCCUUUGCUGCCCGUGAAGCCCCGGCUGUCGUUUCCGACUCACUGAACAAGAUCAACCAAAGCCCUGGUCUCUCCGUCCUGGCCUACUGCUUGUCUUCCAUCAGUAUGACAGUCGUUAACAAAUAUGUCGUCUCUGGCUCCCAGUUCAACAUGCCCCUCAUGUACUUGGGCAUCCAGAACGGUGUCGGCGUCGCUGCCAUCUUGGCCUGCAAGCAGCUUGGCCUCAUCACCACUCUUGCACCGUUUGAUACUGAAAAGGCCAAGAAAUGGUUGCCCAUCUCUUUCCUGCUUCUGGGCAUGAUCUUUACUGGCACCAAGGCUCUCCAGUUCCUCUCUGUUCCCGUCUACACCAUCUUCAAGAACCUUACAAUCAUUGUCAUUGCGUACGGUGAGGUCUUGUGGUUUGGUGGCCAGGUCACCUCAUUGAUCCUACUUUCUUUUGGCAUGAUGGUUCUCAGCUCCAUCAUUGCUGCCUGGUCUGAUGUUCAAUCCGCUGCGACUGCAUCUGCCGAUGCCAUGUCCACUCUGAAUGCCGGCUAUGCCUGGAUGUUUCUCAACGUUCUCUGCUCAUCCACCUUUGUUCUCGGUAUGCGCAAGGUGAUACGCAAGAUGAACUUUAGCGAUUGGGACACCAUGUUCUAUAACAACUUCCUGACCAUUCCCAUCAUCAUUAUUCUGACCUUCCUCAUCGAGGACUGGUCCAGCGAGAACCUGGCCCGCAAUUUCCCUGUUGAGACUCGCAACAACCUUCUGCUCGGCAUGGUGUACUCGGGUCUUUGUGCCAUCUUCAUCUCGUACUGCUCGGCUUGGUGCAUUCGCGUUACUUCUUCGACCACGUACUCCAUGGUAGGAGCCCUCAACAAGCUGCCUAUUGCUGUCAGCGGCCUUGUUUUCUUCGAUGCCCCUGUUACCUUUGGCAGUGUCUCUGCCAUCUUUCUCGGUUUCGUCAGUGGUAUCGUCUACACUUGGGGCAAGGUGCAACUGAAGGAACAGUCCAAGAUGAGCCUCCCCACUACCAACCGUCCCGUCAUGAGUGCCAGCGCCAAGAGCAAUAACGAUGCCGCCAACUCAUAA